AUGGCAGUUCUAAGGUUGAAGAGGACAGAAUUCACCAGUGGAGGAUGCAGAACAUCAGCUUGGGGCUCCACACAUAUCACCAUCAAGACAUUUUCCUAUAAGUGGAGCAUCAGCAACUUAUGUUUUUAUCUGGAGGGAAUGAGGGAAGUUAUUAGAAGUCCAGUUUUCUCUUCAGGAGACAAUGACCAAGUAAAAUGGUUUUUCACACUAUACCUGAAUGUGUUCGAUGAAGAAAGCAGAGAUUACCUUUCAGUUUACCUGGUGUUGCUCAGCUGUCCAAAGAGCCCCACUUGGGCAAAGUUCCAGUUUUGGAUCUUAGAUGCCAAUGGGGAGAAAAGAAAUAAUGUGGAGAGCCAAGGUGUCAAUAGUUUCCUGCCAUACCAACACAGGGGAUUCAAAAAGUUCAUACCUCGAGAUUUCCUCUUGUCCCAGGCCCAAUGGCUACUCCCUAAUGGGAGGCUCACUCUCUUCUGCAAGGUGAGUAUGGGCCAAGAUAUCUUUAGUAAUUCUGGACAGACAUCUGCAAUCAAGGUUCCAAGCUGCUCUUUGACAGAUGAGCUAGGAGAGCUGUGGGAGAAUUCCCUCUUCAGAGACUGCUGUCUCUUGGUAUCUGGUCAGGAAUUCUGGGCUCACAAGGCUAUCUUAGCAGCUCGCUCUCCAGUUUUCAGAGCCAUGUUUUAACAUGAUUUGGAGGAGGGGCAAAAGAACCGAGUUGAGAUCAAGGACCUGGAGCCUCAGGUCUUCAAGGAGAUGAUGGGCUUCAUUUACACAGGGAAGGCACCAAACCUCCACACCAUGGCCACUGAUGUGCUGGCAGCUGCUGACAGGUAUGGCCUGGAGAGCUUGAAGGUCAUGUGUGAGGAUGCCCUCUGCAGGGACCUCUUCGUGGAGAAUGCCUCUCACACUCUCAUCCUGGCUGACCUCCACAGUGCAGAGCAGCUGAAAAUGCAGACACUAGAUUUCAUUACACUUCAUGCUUCUGAGGUCUCUGAGACCUUGGGGUGGAAGGUCAUGGUGGAUUUCCAUCCCCACUUGCUGGCUGAAGCAUUCCAUGCCCUGGCUUCUGCACAGAGGCCCUUCCUGAAUAUCCUCUCAAACAUCUGA